UAUGUUUCACUGAUAGCGUCAUUUAUCAGUUAGUUCUCUUCCACUAAAGACCGGGAGAGACGUCUCGAUUUCCUUUUAUUUUUUAUUUUCUUUGUUUUGUCUUCAAAAUAAAUGAAUCAACCUUUAAGUAAUCGCGCGCUCAUUUUAAAGCUUGUAGGUAAUUGGGGGAAGACAUAGAUGAUAAGAUAGUUCAUGACUGAUAAGUAUUUGAAACGUAAUUAUGAAAAAAAUGUCGUAUUUUAUCACUUAAUUCUGAAUCGCGAGAUAAAUUCGAACGAUCCCAUUAACUUUAUUGAAUCAAAAUACCAACAAAUAACCUAUUAUAUUAUUCCCUAAAAAUACAGAAAUACCACACAAUACACACAAAAAGAGUAAUACCAAUACCAUAAAAUAAUAAUAACAAAUCUAGCGACACCACGCACUCGAAAGCCGACCUUCUACAGUCACACUUGAUUUACAUUUAAUCCGCUGAUAAGACAAAAAUCACACCCUCUCCUGGCCUCUCCUUCCGUGGCGUCCGGCGGAGAUAGCGUGAAGGCGUCGAGAGAUAAGGAAGUAAGGAACACGAAGACCCCGAGGAGGGAGAAAGAGAGUACUCAAGGUGUUCAGAGCGUCGGGUGCUCGUGGUCGCGAAGCAGAAUCCACCAUGGCGCCGACGAAGGUAGCCAAGACCGAGUCCGUGCGGCUUUUCAGAGGCCAAGACUACGCCAAGCUAAAGGCAAAGUGUUGGUCAGAAGCUCAGUUGUUCACCGACCCGGAAUUUCCAGCUGAUGCUACGUCGCUGGGUUUCGAUAAGGACGUGGAGUGGAAGAGACCGACGGAAAUGGUGACUUAUCCACAGUUUAUGAAGGACGUGAACAGGUUUUCAGUCGUGCAGGGAGAAUUAGGUAUGUUAUUUCAAAUUUAAUGAUUAACAGAAUCAUUAACAACAUUUAUAAAAUAUAUAUUUAUCUUUUAUCGAAUAUGGACCGUUAGUAAAUUUACCGAAUAACAAUUUGAAGAACAUGCAACAAUUUACACGUAGUAAUAUCCAAUUUAUUUUAUGUUAAACGAAAACAAUCUCGAUUCCGCAAUAAAAUUAAUAGAAUGAUAAGAUAGAUCACUUCAAUCAAAAGGCAAUGAUAUAUUGUCAAACAACAAGAUAUAUGUCCUCGUAUUGAAAUCACACUCUGACAUUUAUUAAUAGCUGUCACACUUUUUCGAUAUCCGCGCUACCGUUGAAAUUGAUGGAUGUCUGAUUACGCUGCAUUAUAUCCUUUUAUCAUUUCAUUCUGAUAUAAAAAAAAAAAAAGAGAGAUAAUUAAGAGGGUUAUUUAUUUUCUUCUUUAUUAAAUAUAACGUAAUAUCUACCCGUUACUAACCUGAUAACCAAAUUCUUAAAAAGAUAGAUGGAAAUUAUAGUAAAUUAAGAGUUAUUUAACUGUUUACUUUUAAAUAUAACGUACUAACAUUCGAUCAAUUAUCUGAUAACCAUAUGACAUAUCUUACUGACUUGUGUCUGUUUGUGAUAGAUAUUUUGAUUUAAUAGAUAAUAAUAACAGCGACUGGUAGAAAUUGUUGUAUUGUUAACGAUGUGUUGGUAAAUA